UUAUGGAAUUAUCUGUUAAAAAUUAAAUAAACAACUAGAUGGCAUAAAAAUAUUAAAGCAGCUAAAAUCACCUUGAAAAUAAAGUCUGCACCUACAUAUACAAUACCUGAAAAAUAUCCACCAAAAUGUUUGUAUCAUUAAUUAAUCGGUCGAUUGCUUUUUUUAUCUGUAACAUUAUUUUCUGUGUUUUGUAUACUGUGAUAAUCAUCAUGUGUCUCUUAGAUUUUUAAGUUCUAUUUCACACCACAAACGGAGCUGAUCAUUAGUACAUCUGAAGGAAUAGCUGCUGAAAAUGAGGCAGUGCAGUCCUAUGUGAAUAAUAAAUUUAGAACCAGUCAUUUCAAGCAGUAAGAGCCAUUUGCAACACUUAAAUCAGUUUGAUGGUACCAUGAUAAAAAGUAGCAAUUUUCCCAAAAACAUGAAACUUUCUGUGUAAUUCCAGUCUUUUGAAUGCUAGUGUAAACACACACAUUCAUUAUAUAUAUAUAUAGAGAGAGAGAGAGAGCGAGUCGGUGCAGACGUACUCCUUGCCCUGGAGUCCAUGUGGAGUUUCCUGGAUCCUGUUGAUUAACCCCCAGAUAUAAAUGGCAUGUUAACUGCAGACCCAUCUGAGGUGUGCAUGUCAUUCAAAAGUGCGUAAUGCUAAUAACUGGGCCUUUAGUCGUCGCUGAAUUUGGAGCUGCCCUCCAAAAAGGGUCGAAUGUGUGUACAUUUCCUGAAGUCGACAUUUUGACCCUUACCUUAUACAUUGAAAAAGUGAAAAGGGCUCAAAAAAUGGGCAAGUGGAUAUAAAGUGACAUUUAUCAGCAAGCCACAUACUAGUAGAUUGAAUCAUGAAAGCUGUAAAACAUAGUAACUAUAAUGUUUUCCCUUAUACGAUCCGUUCACACAAUUUAUUUAUUGUAUUUAACAAUAACAGUUGAACUUCAUAUUUCUACAAAAAAUUAUUUCAGCGCCGGAGAUCUCUUUUCGAAAAGACUUCAUUGCGAAGACCGAGAGGACGAGGGUCUUAAAGCUGUACCGUUAAUCCUUUUGUCUAUUAGCAUAAAUUAUUCUAAUCCUUCCCCGCAUUAACACACUUUCGUGGGUCGCCGCUGAUCAAACAUCCGAGGCGUAGAACGGUGGGCCGCCAAUGGCCCAUGCUGAGAUCGCCGUCUUCUCGCGCCUCAGGUGCGCAGUCGGCCCUCAUUGUCGGUAUCAUUGCGGCCCCGCUUACCUUCUGAGACCGUCGAGCAGGACGAAGUCUUUAAAACAGUCUACCUGUGAAAAUCAGAGGCCGACAGGUCAUGUUGGGUUUUCUUUUCCACCACAGUAAACGCAUACCCCCUGCUAACACCUCCACAAUGCUGAUCUUUAUUAUAAGUCGCUCUUCCUAAUUUAAGAGAGAAAAAAAAAUCUGAUUUACUUUUGGAAAGCAAUGCUACAGGAUUAGUGAAAUCUCCUAUCCUCACUAACCCCUUAACAAAACUGCUGAGAUUAGCUGGAAUUUAUUUUCUCUUGCUUUAUGUUUUCUCUUCAAGGGAUUAUGAUUUUUUUUUUUGUCAACUUCACUUAUAAAGAGAGUCAGCGAUCCAGCGGAGAGUAAAAACGUUAGUGAUUCCCAAGGAGAAGAGCUCCUCUGUAUUAUUUCCGCUUAUUACUUGACUUUAAAGACUUGAAAUCCGUCAGCAUUAGAAAACAGGAAAACAUUCACAUUUUCUCAGAAUGGUUUAUUAGAUUUAAAUGAGUUCGAAAGACCCUGCAAAUCGGAUGCUCUUGAUGCGGAUAUGGCUAAAACGGUCAAAAAGAAGUUCUCGUUCACCAUUGAGGAGAUUCUUGCCAAACUGCCGGAGGCAGACGGGGGCCAAGGGCAGGCUCAACGGCCCCUCUCCCUGCUCUGCUUUUCAGGAGAAGAAUCCCGAGAGGAAGUGAUUGUGGAUGUGCACCCGAGCACCACCCCAGGGGACCUUCGGGACGGGGUCUGCUACUGCUGCUGUUGCUCCCACCGCGGGAGGGCGUCCUCGCCCGAUUAUCCGACUGUGACCGCCUGCAAACUGCUGUGGACCAGGCGGCUCUUCCCGAACGCCGGGGUCGCGGACUCCCCCCGAACGGCCGGCCGCAUCGAGGAGCUUUUCUUCAGUCACAUCCAGCGGAGGACGAGGCGCCACCGGACGAUCUUCACGGAGGAGCAGCUGCAGGCGCUCGAGGAGCUCUUCGACCAGAACCAGUACCCCGACGUGACGACCCGGGAGCAGCUCGCCAUUCGCACACACCUGCGGGAGGAGCGGGUCGAGGUGUGGUUCAAAAACCGAAGAGCGAAAUGGAGACGGCAAAAGCGAGUGUGCUUGGCCCAGGAACAUCAAGAACAAUGGAAAAUGCUGGAAAACUCGGACUGACAACUCAUUCGUGUGAAUAGGAGGGUCUGACAGCAGAUCGAUGUGCGCCGUCCAGUCUUUGUAAAGUUUCAUUUAUUAUAGCGAGGCAAAUAAAGCUACUCGGACGUCUGCAUCUUGAAGUCGUUUAAGGAGUGCACUUGCGACCCCGUUGAUUGUGUUACUUCACCUGUUAAAAGUCUCAUCUAGUCAAUACGUAGUUAGUUGAGUAGGGUGCUAGGGGUGGCGCAUUGGUUAGUUCAGUCCAGGGUUUGAGUCUAAUUCCAUCACUAUUCUAUUUUCCUCAUUUUUGUUCAUCUCCCCAUAUCUGCUUCUCUCUCAUCCAUCUGAGUACACCCUUAAAAAUGCCAGUUCUUUAAUGCACUUUACUGGGCUGUGUGGUUUCUCAUUGCUUGAGGAAAAACCAUUUUAUUCUGAAAAGGGUCUUUGCAUAUGAAAUUGCUUAUUUGGGGUUUGAAAUUAUGUGGACAUUCUAAAUGUGUAUUGAGCUACCAAGCAGGAUGGAACAGAUCAAGAAAACCUGAACUUAGUUUGUGUGACUGUAUACAGAGACAAUGCUUUUAAAAUCGAGGGCCCUCUGAGGUGGCACAAAUCUGUUGUAGGUUAUUUAUGAAGCCUGUUACAGACCUCUAUAAUGAAAGGAUCUUCAUAAGGAUAUUUCUUUUGGGAACCAAAAA